AUGGCGGCCCACCAUGUCGCCUUGUCUGUUCUCAUCCUUGCCGUCCCCCUGCUCGCGCCCAGCGGCCUCGUCGCAACAGAGCCGUGGCCACUGUGCGGCCACAGCCGCGAAUACAACGACAAGAGCCAGUACCAGGCCAACCUCAACCUCGUCGCCGCCGCGCUCCCCAAGAACGCCUCGGCGUCGCCCAACCUCUUCGCCACCGCCGAGGCCGGGGCCGUCCCGGAGAAGGUCACGGCUCUCGCGCUCUGCCGCGGCGACGCCAGCUCCAGGGCCUGCUCCAGCUGCCUCGUCAACGCCUUCGCCAACCUCCCGAACGUGUGCCCCGGCUCCAAGGAAGCUGUCAUCUACUACGACGCCUGCAUGCUCCGCUACUCCGACGUGCAGUUCCUCUCCGCCGACGACUCUGAGCCCCUGGGCGUGGAGCUCACCUACACGGUCCGCAACGACGCCAACGCCACGUCGGAGCCGGGCCGGUACCAGCGCGCCGUGGCCACGCUCAUGAACGCCACCGCGGACUACGCCGCGUACAACUCCACGCGCCGGUACGCCACCGGCCAAGCCGACCUCGACCGGGAGUUCCCCAAGGUGUACAGCUGGGCGCAGUGCACCCCCGACCUGACGCCCGGCCGGUGCCGGGACUGCCUCGCUCAGUUGAUCGCGCAGUUGCCGGUGCAGUUCACGGAUAGUAUCGGGGGCAGGCUUCUUGGUCCCCGAUGCAGCUUCGAGUACGAGACCAAGCCCUUCAUCAAUGGCCCGGUGAUGGUGCAGCUGCCAGCAACGUCCGCGAGCUCUGGAGCGCCGGGGCCGGCCGUGGCUCCUACAUCGGCGACAGCAGAGGGGAGAAAGUACAGUGUUCCUGGCAUGGUUCUUAUCAUUCUCUUGCCUACAAUAGCAGCCAUAAACCUCAUUGUUUGGCUCUUUUCAUGGAGGAGGAGGAGGCAGGCACUUGCAAAGGCAAAGCAACCAGAUCCAAAUUAUUCCACUGAUGAAGCAGAGGACAUGGAAAGUGUGGAGUCAAUGUUAAUUGACAUUUCAACUUUGCGGGCUGCAACCGAGGAUUUUGCAGAAAGCAACAAACUCGGCAAGGGUGGAUUUGGCCCGGUGUACAAGGGUACUCUCCUAAACGGCGAUGAGAUCGCAGUCAAGAGAAUGUCCAAGAGCUCAACACAAGGAGUGGAGGAGCUCAAGAAUGAGCUCGCCUUAGUUGCAAAGCUGAAGCACAAGAAUCUUGUUAGACUUGUCGGUGUCUGCUUGGAGCAACAAGAGAGGCUACUCAUCUAUGAGUUUGUUCCUAACCGAAGCCUCGACCUGAUCCUUUUCGACGAAGCGAAUCGUCAAAAACUAGAUUGGGAAACGAGGUUCAAGAUCAUAAAUGGAGUGGCUCGAGGCCUGCAAUACCUCCAUGAAGACUCUCAGCUCAAAGUAAUCCAUCGUGACCUCAAAGCGAGCAACGUCUUGCUGGACAUGAACAUGAACCCGAAAAUCUCGGAUUUUGGCCUUGCCAAGAUUUUCGGGAGAGACCAGACCCAGGGUGUGACGAACCGCGUCAUCGGCACAUAUGGAUACAUGGCGCCAGAGUACGUGAUGCGUGGGAACUACUCGGUGAAAUCAGACGCUUUCAGCUUUGGCGUUUUGGUCCUGGAGAUCAUGACAGGAAAGAAGAACAGUGACUGCUACAACUCCCAGCAAUCUCAGGAUCUCUUGACCACAGUAUGGGAGCAUUGGGUGGCCGAAACAGUGUUGGAAGUGGUAGACCCAUGCAUGAACAAGAGCUUCUCGGAGAGUGAUGCGCUGAGGUGCAUCCAUGUCGGGCUUUUGUGCAUCCAGGGCAACCCGGCAGACCGGCCGAUGAUGUCGACGGUGGCCAUGAUGCUUGGCAGCAACACAUUCUCUCUCCCUACUCCGUCGAAGCCGGCAUUCUACACUACAAACGAUGGUGCCAAUUCGAGCACCGGGUCAAGCGUGUCGAUCCCAUCAGUGCAAGCCCGGUCAUAG